AGGAAGACGAAGCAACAGAAAGGUCGGAGUGAGAGUUGUUGAAGGGCGUUUGGGUCCAAGCGAACAUUUCUCUGCAAUGUCUACGACUGCUUCUGCGUCGGCCAUCAAUGCUGCGAACAAACUAGAGGUUCUAGUGGAGUCGUACAUCUCGAAGUUAAAGAGAAGACAGGUGACGGGCUCGUACAAUGUUGCGAUUGCGACGUGCCAGUUUCUCAUGAGGGUGACGUCGAUCUCCAGGUGGAGCACGGCGAACGAGUUUAUUGAGCUCAUACGAGGGCUCGGGAAGCGUGUGACGGAGUCGCAGCCCCGUGAGUUCGCUGCGGGGAACAUUGUUCGAAGGGUGCUAGCCAUCGUGAGAGACGAGCUCAACAUGACGUCGAACAAGGCGUCGAGCGACAGCGGUCCGGUGAGUGCGUCGAUGUUCCAGCUCUUGGUGACGAGCCACAAGGAGAAAGACGUGGGGAACGUGAAGGUGAACGAGAAGUCUGACUUGCGGUCGGUGAUCAUCCAGGGCAUACGAGAUUUGAUGGACGAGAUCCAGUCUGUGCACGAGAACAUCGAGUUGAUGACGGUGGACUUGAUCCACGACAACGAGAUCUUGUUGACGCCGACGCCGGGGUCGUCGACGGUGUUGAACUUCCUCUUGAAGGCGAGUCUCAAGCGGAAGUUCACGGUGCUCAUCACGGAGAACUACCCGAACGACAUUGAGAUCUGCCACCGGUUUGCCAAGAAGUUGGCGGACGCCAACAUCGAGAGCGUGAUCAUCCCGGACUCGACGGUGUUUGCGGUGAUGUCCCGGGUGGGGAAGGUGUUGAUCGGCACGCGGUCGGUCUUUGUCAACGGCGGGUGUGUCACGGCCGCCGGGGUGGCGACGGUGUGCGAGUGUGCCAAGGAGCACCGGACGCCCGUCUUCACCGUGGCCGGGCUCUACAAGUUCUCGCCCUGCUACCCGUUCGACCGCAACUCGCUGAUCGAGGUGGGCAACUCGGGCAAGGUCCUGCCCUACGAGGACAGCGACUUGGUGGGCAAGUGCGAGGUGACGAACCCGCUCUACGACUACGUCAUCCCGGAGCACAUCGACAUCUACAUCACCAACAUCGGCGGCUUCUCGCCGAACUUCAUAUACCGGAUCAUCCUCGACAACUACAGCACGGACGACGUGGACUUGUCGUGACCGCCUGCGCACACCUGCGCACACCUGCGCACCACCUACAGCCCCAGCUGUCUACUAGGCAUCCGUCCUCAUAUAGAAACAACACAAACCACCUUGGAUUUACCCCACCGGAACCAGUCUCCCAUUGCCUCGCUCGGCCACAUGCACCCAUGUGUGGUCUUGAGCUGGAUGCCGCCCCAUGGGGCGGCAACGGGACAUAGCGACCUCUUGCGGGCUCAACUUUGAGUACGCUUGCACCACGGCAUGCCAAUGGUGCAAGUGUAAUUAUUCGAGCCUGACAUCUUUGGCCACCACCGUAAACCCUGUAGCCGGCCCAACCCCCGUAGCGUACCAGCGUAGCCGGCCCACUGGCCGUCGGCGGCCGCG